UUAUUCUAUAUUUUUGUCAUAAACUGUAAUCAUAUGAAUAAUUUUAAGAUUAACAAGUUCAUCGCGUUUGAGCGAUUAACCGCCAUUUCCUUAAUAGCGGCUGUACUGAAUGAUGAACAGAGACUGUUACGUAACCUGUUUCAAAACUACAGCAAAUCUUCUCGACCCGUCCUCAAAAGAAAUUCCCAAGUGGUCGUCAUAUUUAGAGCAAAACUCAAACAGAUAAUAGAUUUGGUAAGUAGGAAUGAAUAGUAAGUGUUAAUGAAAUUAAUAAGAGACUGAAUGGAAUAGCAAACAUAUGAAAAACUUAAAUGAGGGUAAGCGCUUCGCGAACAAGCCCCAAUGAUGGUGCCUACAGUAUUAUUUUAUUUUAUUUUAUUUUUAUGCGAAUGAAAAUGACUUUUAGGAACUGGAAUAACGAAAUGAAAUUCCGCGACAAAGUUCGUGUAAUUACCUGCUGGAUUUUCGGACNCUUAAUAGCGGCUGUACUGAAUGAUGAACAGAGACUGUUACGUAACCUGUUUCAAAACUACAGCAAAUCUUCUCGACCCGUCCUCAAAAGAAAUUCCCAAGUGGUCGUCAUAUUUAGAGCAAAACUCAAACAGAUAAUAGAUUUGGUAAGUAGGAAUGAAUAGUAAGUGUUAAUGAAAUUAAUAAGAGACUGAAUGGAAUAGCAAACAUAUGAAAAACUUAAAUGAGGGUAAGCGCUUCGCGAACAAGCCCCAAUGAUGGUGCCUACAGUAUUAUUUUAUUUUAUUUUAUUUUUAUGCGAAUGAAAAUGACUUUUAGGAACUGGAAUAACGAAAUGAAAUUCCGCGACAAAGUUCGUGUAAUUACCUGCUGGAUUUUCGGACAUAAGUAACACCUCCCUUAUACCAUUAGUAGUAUCCCCAUACUUGUUAUAAUUUAGAGCAUUAUUCGCCAACACAAGUUGUAUUAGCGACCAAUAAGUUAAGUGAAUUUUAGUUUGUUGAUCCGAUAGAAUAAAGUGACCACUGUAUGUUAAAGAAAAACAAUAAAGACGAUGCAGGUUCACUGUAUAUGUCCGGUAUCAUUUAUGACGUGGCACAGUAAGAAUAUAGAGUUAUAAAUACAUUCCGUUUAAAAACAAACCUCUCCAGGAAAUGCAUUUCGAUUCCUACUCACUAACAAGCAAACUUUAAGUCUGUUAGAAAUACACUUGGCUGUGCAAUUAUCUCAUACUCUCAGUAUGGUAUCAUCGUACAAAAGUAGGUGGAGUUGCUGCAAAUACAUCUGUAGCAGUAGUUUUAAAGGUUUUAACGUGAGAAUAUUUUAGCCAGUGAUGAGAUACUUUAAACGCUACCACUAAUUCUACAAUUGUUUGAGUCAAGAAAACUCAUUUCAAGAAGUCAAUUCUGCCGUUAAGGCCCUCGCACUAGGAUACCUACACUCUGUAAGAUUGACUGGACUCCGUCUUUUACUCUUAUUCCGUUUAGAAGGACAAUGAACAACUCUUACAAGUAAUCCUCUACACUUAUCAGGUAAUUAUGGAAAUUAUCAACAUCUUAACCAGAUAACACCUUUCAGUCAACUCUGUGGACAGUCUAAACGGGAAUAUGUAAGCGAGCUGUGUUGUUGUUGUUGUUGUUGUUGUUGUUCAAAGUCGGCUUAAACAAGGUCUCCGUCAGGGAAUAUAGGGACUUUAGGCAAAUCGCUACGGCUACCUCUACCACGGCGGUCGUGGGAGCGGAGUCCUGGGGAGAGUACGUCACCGUAGCCCGACAAAUUUCAGCUUUAAGCCAGCGGCGCCUAAACAAUGACUACGGGAUUUCUCUUUCAUUUGCUUUCGCUAUUAAUUAGUAAAACGCAGAGAAGACGUAAUAAUUGGAAAACCAGAAGCGACAAAUACUUUUUUGAUAAAGAUUUUAAAACCAGUGAUUGUAAAAACUAGGGGAAAAAGGUGAGUUUUAGACUCGCGUAGUAGCGACUACACCACAAGACAGGUCAUUGUAGGAUUUGGCGCGGCGGCGAAAGGUCAUUUCGAAGCAUGCGCAGUGCUUCAUUUUUGGGCUCUUUUAUUUCUGGCCGCAGUAGUAGAGGUCGCCGUAGAGAUUUUCCGAUUUCCGAAGUCCCUAACAUCGCUAUUAAGGAAUUUACGUUUUUGAAACUUUGUCACGUUCAUUCCAUCUCGCUUAAAAUGUCAGAUUAUCAUGGUACGCAACAUUUUUCAGGAAUGGAUCAACCCCCUUUUGACCUGGAAUGCAUCUGAUUUCGGUGAUAUCGACGAGAUCAAUGUAGACGCUUCCAAAGUGUGGGUUCCAGAUAUCUUGCUUUAUAACAGGUAUUGUUUUGAAAUUUACCAUAUCCAGUCCAAGAGGGAUAAAAAAUCGUUCCUGUUACUGAACACGUUGUAUCUGAUUAACAUACUGCUUAACUGGGGGCCGGGGAAAGCACCUUGCAGUUUAAGGAUGUGUCAACGGCCCGUCUUUAUAAAGCAUUCCCUCUAAGGUAUAUUAAAAAGUACUUCUAGACGAUAUAAAAAGAACUUCUUAAUGUUUGGUUGCCUUAAGGUCAAUUUAGGUACUUGAACUCACUUUAGUUAUUAAGACUGAUUUUUAAGUCUGGUAAUUGUUUUUCAAUUUCUUUGCAACUUAAGUGCGGAAUUUACAUUUCCUGGAGGGACACACAAGUACAAGACAGACGUUGUCAUCUAUUCAAAUGGACGAACGAUAUGGUUAGCUCCAGCAAUGUUUGUGACAGUCUGCCGAUUGGACGUCAGGUAAACACUGGCGUUAGCAACGUCAUCAUUAGGUUAAGCUUGACAAGAGCUUUAAAUGAGAAUAUGAUCCAUUUAACUUACAAAAACACGUCUUUUGGAUGGUCCUCGUUUUAGAAUUAAGCUGAGUGACCAGAUCGCUGUCAAAUCAAUGGUCUGAUGGACUGUUCCAACACUUGGUAAAUUUCUAGCAUCCUAGAAGGAAAAAUACAAAUCAGUCAUUGCUUAGGUAUAAUUAUUAAGAAAUGAAUGGGUGUAACUGGUAAGCCCAUUUCCCUCUAGAAUCUUGCAAUUACGGCAUUAAUUUUUCAUGUCAUUUCCACCAUCAGGUAUAUAACAAACCCACAAUAGCUUGCUCUUAAGUUGGCUUGAUAAGCGCAAUGAAUAAAGCGUUGCAUCCAAUCAUCAACAGGGUUCGAUUCCCGGUCAAGCCUGAUUUUUUUCAGGUUCCUUUUCAACCGCUUGGAUUGUUCAUUCUACUGCAAAGAUCACGUUCAAUUUCAUAAUUACGACAUUACUGAUUUUUUCCCCUUGUUAUGUUUAUAAAGUAAGGACCAUGCUGUUUAUAACGUUAACAUAAAAUUAUGCUUAUAUCCUCGUAAGAUAUUUCCCGUUUGACGAACAAAAGUGUCCCAUGAAAUUUGGCAGCUGGAUUCAUGAUGAAAGCCGCUUGGACAUGCGCAUUCUUACGAAUGCCUCAAGUGAUGACAUCUACACAGAACAUGGUGAAUGGCAACUACUAAAUAUAGAACAGAAAAGGUGACUGUAGCUUACAGUUUAUAAUGUCUUAUAGUUGUCUGCUUGUUUAUAGUAUAUGAUUGCAUGGCAAUAAAUUAUUUCCACUUUAUUGUCCAAUAAUUUCUAGCGAAUUUCACAGUGUUAAAAAUAUUACAACGACAAACGUGUUCACUACAAUAACAAAUUUACUUUAUAUGAAUACACUUCACAAUAUUGGAAAUUCCACAACUAAGCAAAACGAGGUGGGUUACGGUUGACGGCUACUGAGUUGAUUUUAAUUGACACAAAUGAAACAACAAAAACAAACUGUAAAAAAAGGAAAGAAAGACAAAACAAAAAGGCAUUACAUGCAAAACUUUAAUGAUUUUAGGCAUGCUAAUAUUUGUCAUUUCAGGAGUUCAAAGUUGUACGACUGCUGCCCUAAACCGUACGUUGACAUUACCUACACCAUUCACGUUCGGCGAAAGUCAUUGUUUUACACACUGUAUCUGAUUAUCCCUGCUUUGAUCAUCACCACUAUGGUCCUGAUAGGCUUCUAUCUUCCACCGGAAUCCGGAGAGAGAAUGCAGCUUGGAAUCACUGUGCUGUUAGCUAUGAUUGUUUUCUUACAGUUUGUCUAUCAGAACCUCCCUUCUACAUCCGAUGGCGCUCCUCUUUUGGGCAAGUUCUAUAUUAUCACCAUGGUUCUAAUCUCCCUCUCAUUGGCAGCAACCUGCCUUGUGCUUAAUUACUCUUACGGUCACCAUGGUGAUGGUGAGAUGCCAAUGUGGGUUCGUUUAAUUAUUCUUGACUGGCUCGGAAGGUUCUUUGGAUCAAGGAAUUCAUUUGGCAAACGCCGGAGAAUCAUGACAAGUGACGAUAUCUUAAAGAGAAACGAAUGGAAAACCGCUGCCCGUAUUUUGGAUAAAUUCUUCAUUGUUUUCUUUGCACUGUUAAUCACUAUUGUUUCACUCUCGAUGUUCUUUCAAGCUCCCCACUGA